AUGAAAACGACCCUGAAGGCGUUCUGUGCACUCCUGUCCGAGUGGUUGAUGCAGCCAGACCAGUGGCGGCUGAUUGUCCCAGUGGUGAUGUUGGUCCUCAACCAAAGUCCGUCCGACACACUCGGUGGUGUGGCACCGAUUAUUGCCAUGACGGGUAUCCGAGCGAUGUCGCCCUUGGAUCGCAUUCCAAUUCCAGCGGCGACAAAAGUUACAACGUUACACGACUUGCUUUCGUGGCGAAAUGAUGACAUGGCAGCGAUGGCAACCGCCUUGGACAAGAUGCAUGCGACGGUGUUGGACGCUGCGACAAGAAAGCGUAAGAAAAACCGUGAAAGAAGAUCGAAGAAAAAAGUUGCAGAAAUGGCCCAAUUCGACGUGGGCGAUUUUGUGCUUUAUAUAGACGUGUGGCCGAUUUCGCACUCAAAGCUGAGUGUUACAUGGCGUGGACCAGCUCAAGUGGUGUGUGUGCGCUGGCGCGGCCUACAAGCAAUUGAAGACUCGUGGGAGCCGGCGGCCAAUUUGUUGGAAGACAUUCCAACCGAGUUCAAGCGCUACGUGCGCUCAAACAAGGCCGAUCCCCAAAUCAAGGCGAUGGCAGCUGCGUUGAACGUGACGCAAUCGUUGGGGGGGAUUGUUGCGAAUUUGCCAUUCGCAGAACCCCUGAAUCCCUCCCAAGAAGGUAUCCAAGUGUUCGAUUAG